AUGCAGGGAAUUUUGAAUGAAUAUUUUUUAACUGUGGAGAUGCUUGAAGAUACAAACCCUAAUUUUGUUGAGAAUACAAUCGGCACAUACAUUUCUUCAUCAACUGCCUUCAUGGAUGAGUUGGAGCAACUCUUGGACUCCAAACCCCUUGACCUUGCCAACGUGGAACGCCUGAUUCUAAAACUAAAGGGAGGUAGUGCUACUAUGGGAGUGGCAAGGUUCAACGCGAUUGUUGGAGAGAUGUUGGAAAUUUUCAGGGCAAGAAAUUAUGAUAGGUUAUAUGCUGCAUUUAUGAGGAUUAAGGAGGGACAUGCUGCCCUGAAGUUGUACCUUGAACCUUAUGCUGAGCUAUUGCGUUUGAUAAGGAUGGAAGAUCCUCCCGAUGAGGCAUCAACCAACCAUGAAGAUGCCGAGAGCGUCGAUAGCAAUGAUAUUACGAGUGACUGA